AGCCUCGAGUUCUAGCACUGCUCUAGUGUUGUUUUGUGAUCUUGUAGAUGACUUGAAAACUUGAAUCAUUCAUGUUGAUUGUUGAGAUUGAGUUUGAGUUGAAGUUGAAAUCAUAAUUCAACAUGUCUUCCAGUGUUUUUGUUUGUGAUUAGUUUUUGUGUAAAAAUAACUUCAAUUUUAGAAUAUUAUUACCAUGAGUAGUUGGAAGCCAGUGAGUGAUGAAAAUAGUUAUGGAAUAGUCAUUUACAAUUUCAUCUGUCCAGAAGAUUAUAAGCUAAAUUUAACAGUAGGAGAUGCCAUCCAUGUGUUGGAGGAAGAAGCCAGCUGGUACUACGGAUAUGUUGUCAGUAACAGAGAUGUUAAGGGUAUAUUUCCCAAAAGCUACGUACACAUGAGACCUUGCGAAAAGGUUGAUGCCUUUGGUCCAGUCUUAAAAGAGCCGUCCAUUACGAGAGAAAUAACUCUGGUACUCCGAGAAUGGGGGAUUCACUGGAAAAAUCUCUAUGUGAAUCACAACAGAAAUUUCGAACAAAUGAAAACACAAAUCUAUGACCUGCUAUCACAUCGAAGUAAAAUCAUUAGCGGCACACUACCCGUGGACGAAUUAAAGAGGGUGAUAAAGCAAGCGGUGGAAGAAAUAGACAUAGGAAAUAAAAUUUUAGGUUUAGAUUUAUUAGUAAGAGACAAAUGUGGCAAUUUUAUGAAUCCUAAAGAAAUUAGUACACUUCAACUGUAUUACCUGCAUAAAAGUGCGACACAGAGAAUGAAUAAUAGAUCGAAGAAAGAGGUUAAAGAUGUUCAGCCUAAAACGGCAAUCCAACAAUAUUCGAAUAUAUUUCUAGUUGCUGUAAGAAAUUUUACGUUCAAAAUGACUGAAGAUGCGGAGUUACUGAUGACUUUAUACGAUGGAAAAGAGUUUAAAUCUUUUACAGAGAACUAUGUUGUGCGAUGGACGAAGGAAGGGCUGAUGAGUGAUUUGGACCAAAUGCAUAAUUUAAGGGUUAUGUUUACGGAUUUAGGUAAAAGAGACUUGGAACGGGAGAAAAUUUACCUUGUGUGUCUUGUGAUAAGGAUAGGCGCAAUGGACACCAAAGAGUUGGACCAUAGACGGAGUUCAGUUAGUACAAAUAACAAGAAAAAUUACAAUGAAAAUAUGAGGCGACCAUGUGGAGUAGCGGCUUUCGAUAUAACGACGUUUAUGAACGGCAGACGGGAAACGGACCUGGAACAAGAAUAUGCCAUACCUUUCAUUAGUUGUGAAAAAGAUAAUCUAGAACAAACUUUAAGGAAAACAAUAACCAAAGAAAAGCCAGAACCCAAAAACCAUUCUUUAUUCGUGAGCAUGAAGCUUUUAAGAGGAGAUUUAAAGCAGGUCCGAGAGGAAAAUCCACAUCUAGUUUUGGGCAAUGUGUCCGUAGCAAGGAAAAUGGGUUUCCCCGAGGUAAUACUUCCAGGCGAUGUUAGAAACGAUUUGUAUCUAACAAUAUUGAGUGGAGUAUUCAGUAAAGGGAAUAAGAAAAGCGAUAAAAACGUCGAAGUAAUUGUUAGAGUAUGUAAUCACAAAGGACAACCCAUACCGGGAGUGAUAAGUAUUGGUGGCGGAGUAUCGUUGAUAGACGAGUACAGAUCUGUUAUAUACUAUCACGAAGACAAGCCUCAAUGGCACGAAACUUUCAAAGUAGCUAUACCCAUAGAGGAGUUCAAAACUAGUCACUUGAAGUUUAUAUUCAAGCACAGAUCAUCAAACGAAGCUAAAGACAAGAGCGAGAAACCUUUCGGCAUGUGUUACGUUAAGCUGAUGGAAGACGACGGUACGACACUCAAAGACUCCAAACACAAUCUAAUAGUCUAUAAAUUGGACCAUAAAAAAUUCGACGAGAAUAAUUUGGACUAUUUUUUGUUGCCUUCAAAGUAUGAGGAUGUUAAAGAUCAUCAGAAGGACUCGACCCAAGUGCCUGGUUUGAGCAUGUCUACCAAGGAUUCUUUUAGCAUAUCUAGUAAUAUUUGUUCGACAAAAUUGACCCAAAAUGUAAAAUUACUUGGUCUUCUAAAUUGGGCUUCCCACAAAGAAUCGCUCCUAGAAUCUCUUAAAGCUUUGAAAGAGGUUGACGGCGAGGAAGUGGUAAAGUUCCUGCAAGACAUACUCGAUGCCUUAUUUAAUAUCCUAAUGGAUAACCCAGAGACUGAUACUUAUGAUAGUCUAGUUUUUGAAAGUUUAUUGGAAAUAAUUAGUUUAGUAAGCAACGACUGGAAAUAUCAACAUUUUGAACCCGUCCUGGAUUUAUACAUCAAAGAAAGUUUUAGUGCGACGUUAGCCUACAAAAAAUUAAUAUCAGUAUUAAAAUCAAUAGUGGGAAAAGCUAGUGAUGACUCAUUAGUUUCAAACAGUCUGAUCUUCAAAACCAUGAAGUGCCUACAGUAUUUUAUGAAGUUCAUUGCCAGGAGUAGAAUUCUAUAUAAAGAACUUUACCCGGAAUAUGACUCCGAGGACGAUUUCGAAGAAAGCAUGCGAGAUCUCUUACAAAACAUUAUCUUCAUGAUGUCUUCUAGUAUAGAAUCCUUGAUUCGGGAACAAGGAGCUUGCCUUAAGUAUUUGCCAAGUAGUAUACCAGAUAUGUUGUUAAUUUUUGACCCUAAAGAAUUAAGUACAAUUUUAUACGAUAUGUUAAACAAUAUGCCAGUGGGUCGUCUCACCAAACAAAAGAUGAUGACCAUCAACGAGAUCAUCCACAGUAAGCUAUUUUUAUAUCCGGAAUGCCGGAAAAUCUUGCUGCCAAUAAUAACUGACCAAGUAAAAACGUUAUUUACGACCAAGGAGGAGGGUGUAACGAGACAAGACGGAAGGAGGCAAAACAGAUCGGUGGCCAAGGUGGCUCAGCUGCUUGGUACAACGGAACAUUGCGUCAACCAACAUGUCGGAUAUCCAGAAGAGGUUGAAUGGUGUAUAAAAAAUAUGAGCGAUAUUAUGGAAUUGUUGUUCCGGAAAGAUGUAGGUUCGACGUUUAAUGACAUAUCUGAGAUUAUUCAAUCAGCUUUGAGGACUGUCGUGCAGAGUCAUAUAAAAAUGGAGAAAGAUAAUCCACAUGCGCUUAAUGCCUCAACAACUUAUGGCCAUUGGCAUGGUACAGUGAAUUUAUGGAAUCAGAGUAAUUUAGUCGCUGUGAUGAUCGACAUAUUUAGACAAAUGACCAAUGAGCAUUACAACAAUUACAUAAACAGUUUCUCCACCAGCUUCGACAUUCUCGACUUCCUAAUGGAAAUCCUGGUGGUCUUCAAAGAACUCGUCAGUAAUUCCGUCUUUCCUAAGGAUUGGUGCGAUAUGAUCAUGCUGCAGAAUAGUAUAAUCCUUAAAUCGUUGCGAUUUUUUUCUCAUACUAUCCGAGACUGUUUUUUCCAAAAAUUCGAACACGACGCCUGGAACAAUUUUUUCCAUUGUGCCAUAGCCUUUAUGACCCAAGAAGCCCUUCAGUUGGAUAAUUUCUCGCUGAAUAAAAGGAUUCGCUUAUUGGAUCUUUUCAAGGACAUGAGGGUAGAAAUGGGCUUUGAAAUCAAGUCCAUGUGGUUUAACUUAGGUCAAAAUAAAGUUCAAUUUGUACCAUCCCUAGUAGGCCUCAUUUUAGAAAUGACUCUCAUACCUGAACCGGAACUUCGUCAAGCCACUAUCCAGAUAUUCUUCGACAUGAUGCAAUGUGAGUUCUACUCCUCCAGAUAUGCCAUCGAAAGCUACGGAGACACCAAGCGAGAUUCCUCACAUAUAAAGGCAAACUUUUCAGACUUCGAGAACGAAAUGAUCGUCAAACUGGACGCACUAUUCGAAGGAGGUAAAGGAGACCAUGACUAUAAGAAGAUGUUUCACGAUAUAAUGGUUGAUCUGUGUUCAAAACAUACCACUAUGAACGAGGAGGGGGUUAAAUUUGUUAAGAUCGUUUCGAGGUUGAUGGAGAGUUUGCUAGAAUAUAGGAAUAUUAUUACUGAUGAAAAUAAGGAAAAUACUAUGAGUUGUACAGUUAAUCUAUUGGAUUUUUAUUCAGAAAUAAACAAAAAAGAAAUGUAUAUAAGAUAUUUGAACAAAUUAUAUGAUCUCCAUUUAGACUGUGAUAACUUCACCGAAGCUGCAUAUACACUGGAACUACACACAAAACUCUUGAAUUGGUCGGACGAAUCUUUAAGUUCGUUGUUGAAGGGUGAUAAAAAUAAUGCCAAAACGCACAGACAACUUAAAGAAGAAUUGUAUUAUAGAAUAAUUGAAAAUUAUAGUAAAGGAAAGAUGUGGGAAUGUGCAAUAAAGAAGUGCCAGGAAUUAGCAGAGCAAUACGAACAAGAGACGUUCGACUACGAGCGUCUUAGCGAUCUCCAUACCAGAAUGGCUGUGUUUUAUGAUGACAUAAUGAAGAAAGCUCGGGCUGAGCCUGAGUAUUUUAGAGUCGGGUAUUACGGUAAAGGAUUUCCGCAGUUUCUCAGAAACAAAGUUUUUAUCUACAGGGGCAAGGAGUACGAGAGAUUGGCUGAUUUUAAUGCUAGGAUUUUAAAUGAGUUUCCCAAAGCUGAACUGUUGAAUAAACUGACGCAGCCCGGGGAAGAAAUCAUUGGAUCUGAUAAGCAAUACAUUCAAAUAAAUAAGGUGGACCCCGUUAUGGAUGAGAAAAAACAAAGGUUUUCAGGAAAGCCGAUUUCAGAUCAAAUAGUGAAAUUCUACAGAGUGAACAAUAUACAAAAAUUCACAUUUUCGAGACCGUUUACCAGGAAGGAUUCUCUGAUUGAAAGUACAAAUGAAUUUGCCCAUCUUUGGUUAGAGAGAACAGACUUAGUUACCACGUAUCCUCUUCCUGGAAUCUUGCGAUGGUUUCCUGUAGAACAUACUCAAUUACAUGAAAUUUCCCCAUUAAGAAACGCCAUAGAAACAAUGGAAAGAACCAAUAAAACUCUGAUGAAUUAUGUAAUACUUUACAAUAAAGAUAAAAAUAUGCAGAUAAACCCGCUGAGUUUAACAUUAAAUGGUAUUUUGGAUGCUGCUGUUAUGGGUGGAAUUAAAAAUUACGAAGAUGUAUUUUUUACCUCUAACUACGCAACUCAUCAUCCUGAAGAUAAAAUAUUGAAUGAAAAAUUGAAAGAUUUGAUAGCGGAUCAGAUUCCUCUUUUGGAUCUUUGCGUACAAAUACAUAAGCAGAAGGUUCCUGAAAAUCUUAAACCUUUGCAGAAGAGAUUAGAGGAAUGUUUUGCCCAGAUGAAAGAGGCUGUGGAGGAAAAAUAUGGAAAAAGGGACUGUGAUGUAAAAUUAGAAAAUGAAGUACAAAUGAGACGCCACUAUAGUAUAACUAGUGACAGCAGACUUUCAGAUAUAACUAUAACACCUGAUAACGUUGGCAGUCGCAGCCGGGUUUCCAGUUUAACUCGAAGCCAAGUGGCGUCCUUACGAAAUUUUACUGCAAACUUUAAUUUUGCCGCAUCGCCUAUGGUUAAUAGUAAAUCCGCUCACAACAGUCACAGCAAGAGCAUAAGUUACUCACCUUCGAAGAGUUUGACAGGUACUCCAAGUCUGGGUGUCAAGAAGUCGCACAAACUUUCAAAGGAGAAGCGUAGGUCCAGUAAGACUGACCUAAUCAGCCCUCCAGUCGAAAAAUGCGCUACGCAGUGGUACACUUCCGAUAGUGAACUGAAUAAUGUUAAUACAACGAAGCCGAAUACUGUGUUUGAAUUAACACAAGAGUUACAUCCUAAAAGACCUCUUCGAUCCGAAGUAGAGAAAGAGAAAAGGUUAAGUCGUCCAUCAAGUGGCCAGUAUUCACGACCUAACAGUCUUUCUAUUACUAUUAGAGGAGCAGGAAGUUCUGGAACUAGUAGUAAUAGGGAUUCUAUAGGAACAACAGACUCGAGUAUAAGUGAAGAAGAUAUAAAUCCUCCUCCGCUGCCAGUGAAGACCAAUCGAGAUAGUGAGAAUAGUAAUGUAUUACCUUACGAAAACUACAGUUUUCUGUACUCGCACAGGAAUUCCACACUCAGAAACACCUUGACGUACACGGAGGAGGCGCUAGACAUAGAACUUGAAAACGUCCCACCGACUCCUCCACCCAAACCGCCGAAAAAAUCAAAUCCAGUUGCACUUCCACCUUAGUCUCUCUUUCGAAACGUACAAAUCAUAUCUUAACGACUAAAAACUGAUUUAUGAUAGCACGGGACGUGUAAUACACGGGCCGCGGAACAACCUGGCUCCGCACGGGGUUUUGAUUUAUGCUACGGCGACGGGACGCAAGUUGUAUUUGCGAGUGUCUUGAGUGGGUUUCAAAAAUUAAUUUUACAAACAUGGAAUGGCUAGCGGUAGCUGUAGCUUUGGUUGAAGCACUUGAUUAAAUGUUCGUCAUUCAUUGUAGAAUGUAACUUCUUCUUAUGUAGCAGCUUCUUCUGCUCCAGUUGUGGACAUAUGUCUCCCCUUGUGUUUUUCAUAUUCGCCUGUCUUCUGCUAUCUGGUGCCAGUUUCUUCCCGCAUUUUCUUUAACGUCAUCCAUCCAUAUUUUUGCGGUUUUCAUAUGGGUCAAUCCAUGCCAAGUGGUCCAAUAUAAAUUAAGUUGUUUGCUUAACUUUUUUAAUAUUUUUUAUUUUUCUACCUUAUAAACUUCUCUCUAUAGAGAGUACAAAAUCGCAUUCAUUGUAUUUUUAAAAAAAUGUUUUUGCCGAUGGCGGCCAUUUUUGUUAAAGCGUAUCGAUCAUUUUUACGGAAAACAUUGCUUCGCUUUUUAGCCAAUAUUUUCACUGAGGUUUGUCCUAGAACAAUAAAUCAAAAACCAAACUUUUUAGAAAAGUAUGCUCUAAAAAAGGCCUAUACCAUUAUUUAAUUUCAAACCACUCAAAUGAACCUCAAAGUUUGAAAAGGUAAACUGAUAAAAUGCCAUUUUCAGCAUUUUUUAACAGCAUAAGGCAAGCCGAUAAUGGAUUGUAAUUUUUUUCUGGAAAAGACAUAGGUAGAUGCUUUAAAUAAAAAAUUUUUUUCAAAAAAAAUCUCAAAAAUGUAAUUUUUUUGCAAAAUCUCAAAAGUUUGACCCCUUAUAUCUCUGAUGGGCACGGAUGAAAAAAUUUGAAAUUUGGCUGAUUGUUAGGCCGUAGCAAGUAUGACUUACGUCAUAUAGGAGUUACAGGCCUGAAAAAAUGGCCAAAAAUCAAAAUGGUCAAAUUUGAGCGUUUGCGGGCAGGAUAAUUAAAAUUCAAAUAAACUGUCUAAUGAAAUAAAAAUUAAUCUAGUUUCACCAGAUUUCACAAUAAAUAAAAAUUUAUACAGGGUGGGCCAAAGAAAAGAGUUCCCCUCGAUAUUUGGCAGUUAUUAGAUUUUAAGAGAAUGCCGAAAUAGGUCGAUUUUUAUUUUUAAAUUACAAUUUUUUUUAUAUAUAUUUCAUACAUUGUAUAUAGUGACAUCAUCCAUCUGGGCAUGAUGACGUAAUCGAUGAUUUUUUUUUAAAUGGGAAUAAGGGUCGUAUGUUAUCUCAUUUGAAAGAGUGUUCAAUUCUCUGUUUAAUAAUAUAAACAAUAAUAUCAUUAUUUGUUGAGAGUGGCCAAAAAAAUAAUUUUUUAAUUAAAUUAAUUGACAAAAAAAAGAUGUAUGUAAUUUAUUUAACUCAAAAUACAUUUUAUUGCUGUCAGAAAAUAGAAAAAAUUAUUACUUGGCAAAUAAACAUUGCUUUUUUGCUUAAAUUUAAUGUUCAAACUGUCAAGAUGUAGGUGGGAGGCUGUUUGUGAUUUAAUUUAACCGAAAAGAUAUGUUUAUUUAUGAAAUAAACAUCUUUUCUAUUUUCUGACAGUAGUAGGUACAAUGCAUUUUGAGUUAAAUAAAUUACAUACAUUCUUCUUUUUGCGUCAAUUAAUUUAAUUGAAAAAAAUUUUUUUAGUCACCCUGUAUAAAUUAUGAUAAUAAUGUUAAUAUUAAUGAAUAGAGAAUUGAACACGCUUUCAAAUGAGAUACCACACGACCCCUAUUCCCAUUAAAAAAAUCAUCGAUUACGUCAUCACGUUCUGAUGGAUGACGUCACGUAGAAUGAAAUAUAUGCCAAAAAAUUGCAAUAUAAAAAUAAAAAUAAAUCUAUUUCGGCAUUUCCUUAAAAUCUAAUAAGUAACUAUUUCCAAAUAUCGAGGUGUACUCAAUUUUCUUUUCUCUGUAUUUUGUAUUAAUUGUGAAAUUUGGUGAAAAUAGAUUAAUUUUUAUUCCAUUAGACAGUUUAUUGGAAUUUUAAUUACUCUGCCCGCAAACGCUCAAAUGUUUACUCCUUAUUCUACUUGCUAGGGGCUAACAUUCAGACAAAUUUCAAAUUUUUUCAUCCGUGCCCAUCUGAGAUAUACGGGGUCAAACUUUGAGAUUUUGCAAAAAAUUACAUUUUUAAUAUUUUUUUUUUGAAAAAAUUUACUCAAGUCUCAAAGCUCAAACUUUUUUUAUUUAAAGUAUGUACGUAUAUCUUUUUCAGAAAAAAAUAACAAACCAUUAUCGGCUUGCCUUAUGCUGUUAAAAAACAUGCUGAAAAUGGCAUUUAAUCAGUUUACCUUUUCAAACUUUGAGGUUCAUUUAAAGCCUUAAGCGUAGUUUAAAAUUAAAUAAUGCUAUAGGCCGUUUUUUAGAACAUACUUUUCUAAAAUCGAUACGCUUUAACAAAAAUGGCCGUUAUCGGCAAAAUAAUUUUUUAAAAAAUAAAAUAAAUACAAUUUUGUGCUUUCUAUAGACUGAAGUUUAAAAGGUAGAAAAAUAAAAAAUAUUAAAAAUAGUUAAGCAACCACCUUUGGACCACUUGCUUGGAUUGACCCAUAUGUCUCGUUUAUGUGCUCUUGGUCGUCAUUGUAUUAGUCUCUUUGUCCACGUCGCUUUCUCUUGUCACAUAUUUUACCCAUUUCCAUUUAGAUUUUGCGAUAACUUCGAUGACAUAUUUUACUUUGAGAUUGGUGAUUGGUUAAGGACAUAGGCGCAAAAUGUCACCUGUCAAAAUGUUCAAUGUGUUUUAAAUGUAUUCAUUUUUUUUUCGAAUCCUGAGAAAACUAAUAAGUAUUUUUGAAAAAUUUAAACGCCGAAUGAAAGACUACAUUAUCACAGAGGGUAGAAAGGCCCUUAGAAUAAACAAAAAGUUUCUUUUGAAUGAGAUAUUUAAAAUUAGAAAUCACACUCAAUUUUCUCUUAAUUUUCACCCCUGUAACUUAUUAAAACAAACAUUAUAGAAGUUUUCAGGGACGGAGUGGGUCGAGCACGGGGAAAGAAUCAUCAUCCACGGGGCGAGCACGGCCGGUAGACGGCGCCCUUCCCCGUUGUCAUUCCGUCUCGUUUUACUAUAAACUACCCAAUAUCUUUCAUAUCACAUGAUUCUUCAACGUAUCCCGCAAGACAGCCGUGUCGUACACGGCCCGUUCUAACAUAAAUCAGCCUCUAGUCUCUCUUUCGAAACGUACAAAGCAUAUCUUAACGACUAAAUCUUCCACAAACGUAGUUAUAUAUAUUUUUUAUACCUGAGCAAUUGUAAAAUCUUAUAUUUCGAAGUGCUUUUAAAGUUCUAGAGUAGUUACCGUAAGUGCCAUUACAUUUAACAUAUUAUAUUUUACAGUACUCAUUGCCAAAAUGGUAUUGAUUUUUAGAUUUCUUUUUGUAUAUUAGUAUUUAUAUUUUAAAUUUUAUGUGAACCAAAGAGUAUAUUUAUUAGAUGAAUAUGUACAAAUAUA